UUACAGGCGUGAGCCACUGCGCCCGGCCCAAGCUCUUGUUUCGUUCUGCAAAUUAUCCCAUUACUUGGAUGUCAAUCUCCUGUGCUGACCCAUAAGCUCCUAUAGAUCUGACUUGGGGCUUUGCCGGUACAGAGAGUCUCCCAGGAAUGUUACUUUCAAAGUCCAGCUUUGAUGGUGUUUCGAGAAGACCAGCUCCAUCGUUGUCAGUGGCAGCUGUCAGAGAAGCCUUCCAAGGCGUACGGGGUGGAGCCCCGUUUGGAACGUGGAAUUUCCUUAAUUAGUAAGAGUGUGAAUUUAGCACUCCACAGCCCCAGGUUCAUGUCUGCAUUUUGCCAUUUGGUGUGAUGCAGCCUUGAAUGAUUUCCUUAAUUUUUGUGUGUGUCCUUUGCAUCUUCAUUUUAAAAGGAUACCGUCAUCACUUACACCAGUGGGUCUUUGUGAGGAUUCAGUGAGGUCUCAUUUAUGCAGCGAAUACCGAGCACCUCCUGUGUGCCUGCUCUAUGCUGGAUGCCGGGAAUCCAGCAGUGAGCAGGAGAGACCCUGUUCCUCCUGCCCUGGGAGAGCUGAUGUUUUAGAUGGACACAAGGGGAAGUAUAGAAAUGAUAGUGUCGCUGUCUCGGGAGGAUGCACCAGGAAGGAGAUGGUCUUUGAGAGGCAUUCUGUGCAUGGUCUUGCAAGUAGGAGGCCCUUAGCAAUUGGUAUGUGUGAUGAUUACUGUUAUUGCCGUAAUUAUUUGGGAGAGGAGGCAAAAAGGGAAGGGAGGCAUUGUGGGAAGAAGGAAUAGUAUCAGUACGGGGUCAAGAAGGCAUUCCGUGUCAAAGUCGUAAUAGUCACAGCCAGUGUUUAUGGAUGUUCUAGUGUGUGUCAGUUACUCUGCUAAGGACUUCCUAGGUGCAAAUUCAUCUCAACCUCCAGGGAAGUGCUGUUAUCCCCAUUUUCCAGAUGAAAGACAUGGGGCACGGGGGAAUUGGACCACUUGUCUGGGGAAGUGGAGGAGCGGGAGUCAAACCUAGAUUCUUACCUCUGCAUCUAAGGUGUGAUAGGAAAUGAAACUGAGUGAGGACAGGUCCUCGUAGGGAGGGCUCAAAUCUUAGAGGUCAUGGACUGUGUCCUCGUGCUGGAGUCCCUUAGAGGGUCCCGGGAUGGACAGGGUGGGGAAGUUCAUGGCACGUCUCAUUUUAUGGUCCAGAAAGCCAAUGGCAUGCAGCCCCUCCAAGAGCGGAUAGGAAAGGACGGGUCCUCCCAGCCCCCUUCUGGUUGGGUUCUCCUGGUUGGUGGCGAGUUCCUGGCAGGGCUGGAGUUGUGGUGGGAGGUGAUAGGCACAGUGCAACUCGUGGUUGGGAGCCUACAUUCUGGGGGUGAGGAUGCUGGUGGGCACUCCUUCAUUGCAAGGAUGCAGUUACUCACUGUUGCCUUUUCCUCAUUUCUGUUCUCUGGGACCCUCUCUACUUACGACUGGGCAUGAGGGGAGCCCAGGAGAAAAGCAGACAAUGAAGAUCCAAAGGACUUGUAUUUGUUUCCAGCCAGUUGCCUCCCCAAUACCUAUGGCUUGCUGGUUCCUGAGCAAACAGGUGCCUCAGGGAGUAUCUUUAUCUUUUGCGCGUGUGAUGGCAUUGGAACCUCACAGUGACCCGGGAGGCAGGCAGCAAGAGGAGGCCUGUUGUUGUGGGAUGAUAGCAACUCUCAAGUCAGACACACUUGAGUUAGAACUCCAGCUGGCUUAUGCAUGAGCUUUGAGACCUUGGGCCAGACACUUCUCUCUGGUCCUCAGUUUCCUCAUCUGUGCAACAGGGAUCAUAAUAGUGAUGAUUUUGUGGGUGACAGAUAAUCGUUAUGUGGCACCUAAUGCAUAGAAGUGCUCAGUAAUUCAUAGCAACGAAGAUUUUGUUGUUCUUCACCCAUUUUACAGAUAAGGAAACUGAGGCUCAGAGAAGUUAAGGGACUCCUCCCAUGACAUUUUGCUUCCUGGUAAUGGCCAGGCAAGUCUGCAGAUGGAAAUGUUUUCCAUAAGACCCAGGUCCCCCAAAGCCCUGCACCAUUAGGAAAAGGCUGUUCCCCAACUGUGAAUCUACCCCCCAAAACAGUGAACCAUGAGAUCAUGCCCCUUCUCUCUUACGGGUUUCUCCCCGUAAUUGUUUAGGUGUUCAUACUCUGAGCAGCUCUUAAAGCCUUUGCAAUUCUUCCGGUUCUUCCUGCUUCUAGGAGUGCGUGAAAAGGAAGAAGGUAGCACAGUCUGUCCAGGAAGGAAACAGAGGAGCAGCCGAAUGCUCAGGAAACUGGAUUCCUACUAUGCGCUACCCCAGAACUGGGGCUGGCAAAUUCUGCUCUUAAAACCCCCACCUAGAGCCAACUGCUGCCCCUAGUAAUAUGCCCAAAAUAUUACCUGGAUAAAGGCCUCAUGCUUCCUGGAUGAACCACAAAAAAAAAAAGGUUGAGGCCAUCUUGUUGAGGAACAUUACAUCCAGCAAGUAUUUAUUUCUUGCUCGCUUUGUCCUUGGUCAAGCCUUUUCACUUUUUGGCUGUCAGCCAUUGCAAAACCUCCACAACAAAGAAGUGGAAAGUCAUGCAAUCAGAAAAGCCAUAAAGAGCAGUUGGGGCCAGGGGAAGAGGGAAGUUAGCUGAAGACUUCAUAAGCAGAAACGUCAGAAAACUUUCUGACAUGUUAAUAAAGAUACUCUAGAGUCACAUCUUGUGUGGAAACUCACAUCCACAUUGUUGGGGCGGAAGUCAGAGUUGAUGACUGGCCCGGGCCAUCACCCGAGCCUUCAGAUAAGACGGCGGAACUAGGCCAGGCGCCAUGGCUCAUACCUGUCAUCUUAGCACUCUGGGAGGCCGAGGAGGGUGGAUCGCUUUAGCCCAGCCUGGACAACAUAGAGAGACCUCAUCUUGACAAAAAAUAAACAAAAUUAGCCGGGUGUGGGUGGUGUGUACCUGUGGUCCUGUCUACUUUGGGGCCUGAGGUGGGAGGAUUGCUUGAGCAGUCCCUGGAGAAAGAAAGUAGAGCCAGGAACGAUCAUUAAUUAAACACUUAACUGGACUCUAAUACGGUAGUAAAGCCCUUCCAUGUACUUAGCUGCUCUCCCAAUUCACAGAUGAGAAAAAUGAGGCCCAGAGAGGUUAAGUGAUUUACCUGAGGUCACAAAGCUGAUAGGUGGGGAAUUCAAACUCAGGUGCAUCUUUCUGCAAAACCCAUUCCUUUUUCACUACUCCCUGAUAUCUGAGGAAACUUACUAUGAGCAAAAUGAUCUCAAAAAGUAAAAUGUGAAUGCCUCUCAGUGUCAGGCUCUGUGAUAAGUAUAGGAAAAAAGAAAGAGAAGAAAAAACCACCACCAGACUGCGGUGCCUCCCAGCCCGUGAGCACUCACAGUGGAAUAUGGGAAACAGAAGGGCAAACAGCAUUUACCUUACAGAAUGGUGAGUGGUAGACAGAGAGGACUGUGAGACAUGGGAGGGUAGAGCUUAAUCUAGUCGGGGUAUUCAGGGAAGGCUUCCUGGAGAAGGGGAUACUUGAGCUGAGGAGAUAACAAGCAGCCCAAGAUAAGAGGGGAAGAGGGUAUGGAUAUACCUGUUAGCUAGGACUCUUGAGAGGCAGAAACCAUAGCAUUGAGCAAAAAGGUAAAUUUAUUGAAUUAUGUAAGAAGUGAGCCUCAGGUAUGCCUAGAUCCAAGGACUCAACUAAUUUCAGGGAUUUAUGUCUCCAUCUCUUGGCUCCACCUUCCGAGGUUGGCUUUGCUGUCACGCAGGCUUUGCAGGUGGUGACUAGAGAUGGCCCCCACACCUCCAGCCCUGUACCCUACUUGCUUAGCCUCCCCACAGAAUUCUGUAAGAGUCUCCAGUUGAGUUUCAUUGACCUAGAUUGGGUCAAACGUCCGUCUUUGAACCAACACUGCAGCCUGGGAAUGAAAUGCUGUGAUUGGCCAGGCCUAGGUUAUAUGUCUGCACCAGGGGUCGAAGGUGACUGAGAAUGAAAAUAAGAAAACCAGGGAUGCAUGGCACCCUUGGGGCUGAUAGAAAGUCCACUGGGCUGGAGAAGGGGUCUGAUCAUGACAGCCCUCUAAGCCACGUGAAGAAAUUGCAUCCUGAAGACAGUGGGAAGCUUUGGAAGUGUAGUGAAGGCAGGGGGUGACAUGCCACCAUAUGGGGACAGGCAGGGGUGGAAGCAUGAUCAGGUGGAGGACAAUGGGGACUUGGACUGGGCUGCUGGUGAUGGAGAGAAACAGCUGGAUCCUGGGGGCGGUGAAUGUAAUGCACCAGACUCAGUGGUGAUUGGAUCAGGGGUUCAUGUAAAUGCACAGGACCCAGUGGUGAUUGGAUCAGGGGUUCAUGUAAAUGCACAGGGCUCAGUGGUGAUUGGAUCGGGGUUCAUGUAAAUGCACAGGACUCAGUGGUGAUUGGAUCAGGGGUUCAUGUAAAUGCACAGGGCUCAGUGGUGAUUGGAUCAGGGGUUCAUGUAAAUGUACAGGACCCAGUGGUGAUUAGAUCAGGGGUUCAUGUAAAUGCACAGGACCCAGUGGUGAUUGGAUCAGGGGUUCAUGUAAAUGCACAGGACCCAGUGGUGAUUGGAUCAGGGGUUCAUGUAAAUGCACAGGACCCAGUGGUGAUUGGAUCAGGGGUUCAUGUAAAUGCACAGGGCUCAGUGGUGAUUGGAUCAGGGGUUCAUGUAAAUGCACAGGGCUCAGUGGUGAUUGGAUCAGGGGUUCAUGUAAAUGCACAGGGCUCAGUGGUGAUUGGAUCAGGGGUUCAUGGGGAGGAAGAGGUUCAUGAUGAUCUUGGGUUUCUGGCUUGUUCCAACAGGCAAGCCUGGAAGAGAAACCAAGCUCAGGAGAUCCCAUUAUGAGUUCAGGUUGAUUGUCUUGAGUUUGAAAUGCUGUCAGGAAUCCAAGUGACAGACUAGUAGAGAAUUGGCCAUUUCACGGUUGCUAUGCUGAGAGGGGCCAGUCAGGAUUCUGUGUCCUCAGGAGAAGGGGUGCAGAGUGACAGCUCUAUCCAGUAAAUAUUAAUUGAGCACCUACUGAGCUGCAGUGCUCAGUAAGCAGAGCAUUCAAGGCCCCCAGACAAUGAAUGCAGAAUAUGUAAUAUCAUAUGAUGUGUUAGAAGGCGGUGAGUGCUGGGGGAGACAAGUCACACAGGGUGAGGGCUUCUGGAGUGCCGUGUUGGUGGGGCAGGUUGCAGCAUUAACUGGUUGAUCAGAAGAGACCUUGAAGAGGUGAGAUGUGAGAGAGGACAGGAGGGUGAGAGAGUGAGCCAAGUGGAUGUUUGCGGAAAAGGCAUCCAGGCAGCGGGCACAGCCAGGGCACUCACCCAGAGGAGGGAGUGUGCUUGUGUGUUUGAGGGACAGCAAGGGGGCCAGCGUGGCUGGAGAAGAGGCAGGGGCCAGUGGGGUUGGGGGCAGAAAGGUAAGAGACAGGGCCAAACCUGUAAGGCAAAUGAGGACUGGUUUUUCCUGAGUAAAGUAGGAGCCAUGGGAGGGUGCGGAGCAAAGGAGAAGUCAGGAGCAAAUGGCCUGACUUCCGUUUUCCUAAGGUCACUGUGGCUGCUUGCUGAAAAUCAACUGAUAAGACAAGGGCAGAAUCAGGGAAGCUGGUGAUGAGGUGGCUUGGACCAGAGUGGGCUCUGCCAGCAGACAGCCUUGGCACACAGGCACAAGAGCUGGAGCCCAGAGAUGAGAAUGCCCACAGGAGGUCCGGCACCCCUGAGCCUACCCAGGACACGGGCAGGAGCCUCCUGCAUGGCCUCCUGAUCUCCAUCCUCACCCCUCAGGGGCUGUCUAUAGAAUGUGAGCCUGGCGGGCUGCCAGCUAACCUGUCGCUGAAGCCCCAGAAGCGGGUCCUCAGGCCGGGCCUGCCCCGCCUCCGGCCCAGCAUGCGCCUGUCGGUGCGGAGGGUGCUGCUGGCAGCUGGCUGUGCCCUGGUCCUGGUGCUGGCGGUUCAGCUGGGGCAGCAGGUGCUAGAGUGCCGGGCGGUGCUGGCGGGCCUGCGGAGCCCCCGGGGGGCCAUGCGGCCGGAGCAGGAGGAGCUGGUGAUGGUGGGCACCAACCACGUGGAAUACCGCUACGGCAAGGCCAUGCCGCUCAUCUUCGUGGGCGGCGUGCCGCGCAGUGGCACCACGUUGAUGCGCGCCAUGCUGGACGCCCACCCCGAGGUGCGCUGCGGCGAGGAGACCCGCAUCAUCCCGCGCGUGCUGGCCAUGCGCCAGGCCUGGUCCAAGUCUGGCCGUGAGAAGCUGCGGCUGGACGAGGCGGGGGUGACGGAUGAGGUGCUGGACGCCGCCAUGCAGGCCUUCAUCCUGGAGGUGAUUGCCAAGCACGGAGAGCCGGCCCGCGUGCUCUGCAACAAGGACCCAUUUACGCUCAAGUCCUCGGUCUACUUGUCGCGCCUGUUCCCCAACUCCAAAUUCCUGCUGAUGGUGCGGGAUGGCCGAGCCUCCGUGCACUCCAUGAUCACGCGCAAAGUCACCAUCGCGGGCUUCGACCUCAGCAGCUACCGCGACUGCCUCACCAAGUGGAACAAGGCCAUCGAGGUGAUGUACGCCCAGUGCAUGGAGGUGGGCAAGGACAAGUGCCUGCCUGUGUACUACGAGCAGCUGGUGCUGCACCCCAGGCGCUCACUCAAGCUCAUCCUCGACUUCCUUGGCAUCGCCUGGAGCGACGCUGUCCUCCACCAUGAAGACCUCAUUGGCAAGCCGGGUGGUGUCUCCCUGUCCAAGAUCGAGCGGUCCACGGACCAGGUCAUCAAGCCUGUUAACCUGGAAGCACUCUCCAAGUGGACUGGCCACAUCCCUGGGGACGUGGUGCGGGACAUGGCCCAGAUCGCCCCCAUGCUGGCUCAGCUCGGCUAUGACCCUUAUGCAAACCCCCCCAACUACGGCAACCCUGACCCCAUCGUCGUCAAUAACACACAGCGGGUGAGUGUGCACCUGUACUUGCGGAAGUGUGCUCUUGGGGAUCUGGGGUUUUUGCAGAUGUGGAAGCUCCAGCCACCUGAGGAAAUGUUCAGUCUCUCGAUUCCUGGUCAUCUGAUUUGUUUCUAUCUGAUGGACACAGUGAACUGCAUGAUUGCUUGGAUUUCCGUUUUGCUUGGGCUACAGGGAAGCUCAAAGUCAACUGGUAGCCUAUCUCUCAUACUCUAACAGCAGGCCAGCUUGUACACUAAUUUCAUCUUAUUUCUCUAAUUUUAUUUACACUUUUACCCCUAUUUCCCUGGCUAUUUGUUUAUCUGUUUGUAAAGCACCUCAAGUCUUUGUUGAGAGGGGAUAUAAAUAAA